AUGCUGGCGUCCCGCUGGGCCAUUUCGUCCCGCUGGGCCAUUGGCGUUGGCUUUGGCAGCUUCUUGCUGCAGCAAACGCCGACCUCUGCGGAGUGGCGGGUGGCCAUUCUGCUGCUGGGCGCCGCCGGGAUCUUUGGAGCGUUGCUGGUGACGUAUGGCGCGAUGUACCUUAGACCCUCUUCCUUUCACAGCCUGAAGCUUCUGGAGAAAGGAUCCAGAGAUGCUUGUCGCUACUUCGCCGUGUCGAUAGCCCUUCUAGGCAGCUUUCAGUUUCUGCUGGUGGCGCUGCGUUUGUGGCCCGAGCUGCUACUGGUUGCCACAUUGCACGAGCUCCCGGCAGAUCUGGUGGAUGCCUUCCCUGAGGGCCUGGAGUUGAAUUUGACCAAUGGAGUUCUCAGUGGUGGCUCCCUGUCCUCGUCUCAUGAGCCUCGCCUUUCUUUGGAGCUACCAAGCUUAAGCCUCUUCGACCUCUGUGGUGGCUCUUUGUCCUGGACCUUGCUCUCAUUAGACUUCGGCAGCCCAGACUUGCGAAACCUGGGGAAAAUGCUGGUGGCCUAUUUCUACUGGUCCAGAACUGGUCAGCUUCAAGUUCCCAGCUUCAACUCCCAAGUGCUGCAGUUCGAGCUGGAUGAGCCUGUCGAAGUCCUAUUGGACCAGGAUUUGGUGGCUUGUGGAGCACCCAGGCCCCUAUUGCCACAGCCGCUCAUGGGAACCUGGCUGCCAGCCACGGUGCGUGGUGUGCAGCCAUCAACGAUGCUGGCACAGUACAAGUACCAGGUCUAUGUGGGUGGAAGCUCCGACAACGCCGAGGAGCUGCCCGCCUGCAAUGGCACAGAACCCCUGGCCGCUUGUGUUUGCUCGGUGCUGCCCACGGCGCUGCGGCGCACGAGUCGCUUGUUGAUCGACCUGGAAGAGGCCCCUUCCCUGGAAGAGCUCCAGGCGAGCAAGGCCAUUCUGGCCUUGGGCAGCAGGAGCUUUGCCAUUUUGGAAGGCUUCUCGUUUCACCACAAUCAGUACUGGUCGCACCGGAGGUCCUCAGGACAGCAGCUUUGGCGAAGCUAUAGCAAGAAGGAGCUCCGCCUCUAUGAGCCGCUGCAGUGCAUGACAGGCCUCUAUUGCCGAAAGCAUGGCAACUCCCUGCUGUGUUCUAGGCACAGAUUGGAGACUGGGAGCAGCAGUGGCCAAGCCUUUUUUUGGGCGCUUCGUUGGAAGCUGGUGCUACCUUUGGGCAUGUUGCUUGGAUGGAUGGCUUGCAUUUUGGCGAGUUUCAUCACCCAAGGCAGCCUUGUAUUGCUUUUCUAUUGGCCAUUGGGCUACUUCGCUUAUGCUUUCCUGCGGCACGUGGACGCCCCCGUGCCCUCCAUCGGGCGCAGCUUGGUUGUGGCAAUCUACACAGGGAUGCCCUUCAUGGUCCUACACUCGAUGCUGGAGAUCGUUUGGCACAUGUGGGGCGAUGGCGACCUUCUGCCCUCGUACCUCGAAGAGGUCAUAGACCUAGAGCUCAACAGGGAGUUCAUCUUCUACGUUUGGCUGCUUUGGAGCAGCUACCUGGUGAAUCGGCUGCGUUUCCUGGCGGCCCAGCAGCGUAAGGCUCCUCCACGCCUGCACCCGCAGCGCGCCGAGGGGCAGGAGGCCUCCGAGGCACCGACGUGUCGGAUUUGCUUCGGAGGCAGCGAGAGCGGGCGCCCCUCGGUGGAGUGGAUGGGCAGAGGGAUCGAAGUGAAUCCAGUGAAGGGAUACACCAGAUGCAGGUAUGUGUAUUCCGUGCAACGCGCCUUCUAUGCAAACAUUCUCAGAUCCGCCCUAGUGCUGCACACCGUGACCUUGCUGGUCUUUGGUCUCGUGGUGCUCCUGUGUGCGUACAUUUGCCUCUUCAUGGACUGGCUGCAGAACGGCUCCACGCCCGAGUCGCGGCAGCUCUUCUCCGAAAGCCUCAUGGAGCAGCUCACGAACGUCACGGGCCUGGAGGAGGCCUUCCGCUCCGCGACGUGCGAGACGCGUUUUCCCUGCGCGCGAGUAUGCGCCAGUUGGGUCAGCUCGGUGGAGGGCGAAGUGAUGGUCGGCCUCAGUGGAUGUCACUCCCUGGGCUUCUUCCUCUCCCAUGCCGCGGGCAACGAGAACAACCCCUUGCCGCUCAUUAGCGGCCUGAUGAUCCUGGCUGGAUUGAUCCGUGUUUUUUGCUCCUUGUACCGCGCGGUGAAGCUGGUCUCCGGAAAGGUCCUGGAGUCCGCCGAGUCGAUGAUCCUCGAUGUGUACGGCCCGGUCGACGUGCCCGGUGGCGUGGAGGGUGUGCCCGGUCGCACUCGUGGUGGGCACGAGGGUGAAGGUCUGGAGCUGGCAGAAGGACUGGGUGGGGCGAGAUGUUCAGCCAAGAUGCCAGAGGUUUCGGAAGCAGGUGAUGGUGAUCUUGGAGAAGAAGCUGGUGACCUCGCCUGUGAAGGGUGUGAAGGGGAAGAGCUGGUGGAGCAGUUGGGUCAUGGAGACGAGAAAUCAGCGGUCGAUCUUCCUUUCCACGCAGUCUCAGAUGCUCAAAGCGUGGCAGCUGACGGUCAGGGUGCUCAUGAAGACCCUCCAGUGGCAGCCCGUGAAGAUGUGCCAGCUCUGAGCCGGGACUCUCCCAACACGGAAGAACUCCCAUUCACCAGCCCACUGAGAAUGUCAGUGCAGACAUGUGACUAUCCUGAGGAUGAAUGA